AUGGGAUACCAUCGCCUCACAUCACCAGUCUACCAUGACGAAGCAGAAGAAGCAUCGCUCACGCAUGGCGAGUCGAAAGAAGAUGACAAUCCGCAUCGUUACAAGAAGCCUUCGAUCUGGAAAAUGCGUUUUAUCAUAGGAAUGUCAAUAGCGAUGAACGUCGUCACCUUGAUGCUCUGCGCAGCUCUCUACUCGAAAAUCACAUCACAGCUUGACAGAGAAUCCAAACUACAUCCCUUCUUCGAAGGAGUAGACGACGGCCGCUACCCAAACGACUUCGAAGCAGUCCACUUAUCGUCAUCGAAAUUCUCUCAGCCCGUAUCAGUCGCCGGCGACAAGGUCGAAGAAGAAUGGAUCAAAAUCGGUGCAUUCUACCAACCCGCAUUCCUCCCCGACAAAUACGCCGCAGACUUCAACUUCAUUCCAGGAAAACACCUCCGCUACACGCCCUCUGACGGGGACUACGCCCUCUACAGCGGCUACUCCGCCGACGUCGCCAUGACACACUACAUCCACUGCGUCAACCUCCUCCGCGAAUCCCUCUGGUUCAACUACGACUACUACCGCAGCAUCCACAUGACAUCUUUCAACGUCCCCGAAGGCCAAGAACAAGCCAUCAUCGAUCACGUUUCGCAUUGUGUGGAUGCUUUGCGGAAAAUGAUUAUGUGUGAGGCGAGUUUGGAACUUUGGCCUUUUGUGACGAAUGCUGAUGGAUUGAAUGUUACGGAUAUGAGUGCUAGUACGAGGAAGUGUAAGAAUUAUGAGGCGAGGAGGAAGUGGGUGGAGAAGUGGCAGAGUUGGGGCGCGCCGCAUCAGGUUGAUGAUCAUCAUCUUUCGCAUUGGAGGGUGUCUGGAUGA